GCGUCCCAGACGAAAAUUGGGAAAAUCCCAACCCCAUCCUUUCCCACGCCCGCGUCGACGUCCACUCUCCGACACACUCUCUUCCCUUCCAUUUGCCUUGUCCCGUCAUAUCCUCCGUCCCGUUGACCAAGCGCCCCUCUCUUUCCUCCUCCUCCUCCUCCUCCUCCUCUCCUACUCUCGCGUUGCUCCUCCCCCUUCCUCCCAAUUUCCAACAUCCAAAUCCCCCCCCUGGUGGCCUCGCAUGCCGAACGUAUUCAAUCUCACCUUGGCCUUGAAAACGUGUCUAUUCCCCCGUUGAUGGUUACCCGCCGUCACGCCCCCCCGAGACAAUUGUCGACUUUAUCCUUGACAUCGCCUUAUCGGCCUAGCGCUUGCGGGAGACAGGAGAGGGACACCUGGACCUGCUACGGGAUAAUACCCUUAACUGUUAGGAUCGACGACGCCGCCUGGUCAGAGCAUUGCACCGCACCCAGAGACUUGAGAGACGUGGAGGCAGCAGCAGCAACAGCAGUCAGCUCGAACCCCAAAGCCAAAAUCAGAGCAACUUAAAUCCCAAGAGCCGGACGGAAGCCAAAGCCAAACUUGCCUUUACCCCCGACCCCCGAGCCGCGCUGCUCCUCAUCCUCCUUCUCCUCCUGUCUUUCUACUCCCACUUCCAAUCCCAUUUCCACUACUCAACCCACACCUGCAUUUGCAUCUGCAUCUGGCCCUGCUUUUCGCCUUCGGCCACCUUCGCCGCCUUCUUCGCCAUCGUCCUCAUCAACCAUCCGAUCCAGCCUUCGUCGCUGCACGUCCUUCGACAUUUCCCCCUCACCUCCGUCUUCUUCCUCUUCUUCAUCUGUACCAUCGCAUACUGCUACCAUCACGAGUCGCGUCUACUCGUCCACACGGUCGCGCCCUUUCAACCUCGCAGCCAUUCCCGUUCUCUCCUUCAACCACCGUACCCUCUAGGCUACUUACCCACCUGCCUGACCGACCCCUGGUGCUCUAUCACUGAAUUUCGACACGCUCUACCGCCUGUUGGCUUUUUAGCGCAUCGCGUAGUCACGCUCGCAGCGCCAGCCUGACGGUCGCUGACCCGGAAAGUUUUUGACGACCGCGACGCUCUCUCGUCUUCGACCAUCUUCCAUCAUUCAAGCAACCCUCUCUUUCUUCACCGUAUCGACCUCACCCUACCCAGCUGGGCAGACGACUGUCUGCAGCCCAGCCUUUCAUCAUGAACGUCAACGUCAAUCCCAACAUGGCCAACAUGAACGCCAUGGGCGGUCCUGUCGGCGCUCCUGUUCCCAUGAUGAAUAACGGCGCAGUCGCGCCUCAAGUCGCCGGCGGUCCACGACAGAUGCCUGUGCCCACCGAGAGUCAACGCACCCUGCUCAAUACCUACAUCUACGAGUACUUUCUCCGCCAUCAAAUGUUCGAUUGCGCCCGAACCCUCCUGAACGGGGACAAUCAAGUAAACGUCAUGAAGGACGGCUCGAACCGUCGAAGGGAUGAGAAUGGCAACCUCUUGGGCAACGGCCUCGCCGACGACCCGAUGGACACCGACUCCAAGGAUGACAUCGAUGCCAAGCUGCCUGAAGACCUGCCCGCUCCCAAGCUGCCCAUGCCCGCCUCAGAAUCCUCGUUCCUGUAUGAGUGGUUCUGCUUGUUCUGGGACAUCUUCCACGCGCAACGCACCAAGGGUGGCAACGGACCUGUCAACCAAUACGUCAGCCACACCCAGCAGCAAUCCCGCAUGCGACAGAAUCAGCAGCAGGAGCUCCUCCGCCAGAUGCGUCCCGACGGCUUGGCCGCCCAGCAACAAUAUCAUUCACAGAUGAUGCGCAAUAUGCAAAAUGGAGGCAUGGCCAUGAACAUGCAAAAGGGCAACCUUGCGCGCGCGGCCAUGGCCAACAACCAAAACAACCCCCAAGCAAUGCAGAUGCUUCAGCAUGCAAAGCAAACCCAGAUGCAACGAGACCCUUCGGACAUGGAUGGAAACCGCCAACGCCCUUCGUCGCCUGGUUCCGGUGAAAACGCUCCCUCGCCUUCCAAGAGACCUCGUCUGGAUGGCACGCCCAACUUCCCUAACCAACCCGGAAUGAUGCCGAACGGAAGACCACAACAGGGCAUGCCGGGCCAGCAGGUGGGGACCACCCCAAACGUAGCCCAAGCACAGCAAAUGCUCAUCACCAACGGCAUUAAUCCGGCAUCGCUGACCCAGCAGCAGUUUACGACAUUCUCAAAUCAACCACCUGCUGUCCAAGCUAAGUCCAUUGCCACAUAUGCGGCAAACCUCCAACAACACCAAGCUAGCCAGAUGCCUAACAAACCCAUGCCUAACGCAUCCGGUCCUCAGGGCCAAGGCUCCCCCAUGAUGGCUCAAGGCCCUGAUGGCGCCGGGCUGGCCGCCUACUACAACGCCGGGGAGAUGGGUCCCGGCGGUAUUAGGCCUGGCCCUGGCGGUGCUCAAGCCGGUGGUGGAAGUAACCACGCUCUGCAAGACUAUCAAAUGCAGCUAAUGCUUUUGGAGCAGCAGAAUAAAAAGAGGCUUAUGAUGGCUCGACAGGAGCAGGACAGCAUGGGCGGUGCCAUGCCGAGAGGAGAUGGACCCGCUGGCCCAGGAGGGCCAGGAGGCCCACCUGGUCCCAACGGCCAGCCGUUCCCAGAGACAUCCCCUCAGGGUGGCAGAACGGGAGCGUCGCCGAACCCAACGGAGCAGAUGAAGCGAGGCACGCCUCAAAUGAACAACGCCGGCAUUCCGUCGCCAUUGCCUGAGGGCGCGCAGUCCCGCGGCUCCCCGAAUCCCAUGAAUUUCAUGAACAGCCAAAUGGACCCCAACAUGGCACCUCAUUUCUUCAAGGGCAUGGGGAACCAGAUGGACGGUAACAUGGUUCCCAACCCUCAGAUGAACGGGGGCAUGCGCCCUCCCAGCUCGCAUCCGGGUCAGCAAUUCGGCGGCCAGAUGAACCAGCAACAAAUGAUGGCCGCCCGACAGCAGCAGCAGCAGCAACAACAGGCGCAGCAGCAGCAGCAGCAGCAACAGGCGCAGCAGCAGCCCCAACAGGCCGGCCAGGGCAACCAGCCGGUGCAGUGGCAGCAAGGUGGUCCGAAUGGCAACCAGAUGGUGCCUCAAGGCCCCCAGGGUCCAGUUCAGGGCACGCCGCAGCAACGGUCAAUGCCCCCGCCAUCUGCACCAGCAGGUGCUAACACCAACCGGACAAGCACGUCUUCGCCUCAACAGGCGACAGCAGCACCGCCUACUCCUUCGCAGUCCAACAAGGCUGCCCCGAAGAAAAAGGACAACAAGAACGCCAAGGCCAAGGCUGCGACGCAGAAGAAGUCCAACACCAACCUCAACAGCGGCACCACUCCAGCCGCAGACAGCGCGCAGGAUGCGGAGCAGCCCGCACCGGCAACCCCUAUCACCCCCGUCAACGCGACCAGCUUCAACAAGAACGGGCAAAACGCCGCUGUUCCCACUGUGCCCAACGGUCAACAGAGUGCUCCUGCGCCACCCCCCCCGGCUCAAGUCGCUCCCCAGCCACACACCGACAACAGUCAAAACGGUGCCUUCGGCAUGGACAGUUCAAACGGGAUGGUCGACUUUAGCUCCAUGGCCUUUGCCGACCCCUUGGUCUCGGACAACGUGCUCAAUGACUUCGAUUUCGACUCCUUCCUGCAUGAGGACGGCGAUAACCAGGCGUUCGACUUCAAUACCGGGUCGUUCGGCAUGGAGGGCGGUAACGAAAUUGGCGCAGACUAGAGUUUGUCCAAGUCUUGAUCUGCGCAGGCGUCCGGUUCCUCCAGUUUCUCGUCAGGCUUCUAUCAUGUGUUAAGGCGUUGUUACGAUUCCCCUGACUCGACUGCUCCGAGUCUAAAUAUCGGUGUAGCCAAGCAACAAAAUCUCUGCGAAGUACGGCAGUUUCCAUUUUAUUUAUGAAUUCGCACAGAAUACCAACAAAAAAAGAUUGCCUCGGGUCCCUUAUGGCACGGUUGGCUCAUGCCAGUGCUGGCUCCGCAUCGACUCCAAGUCGCCAGCUGCUUGUCUCAAAGCUUCCGGUCUAUGCCCGCAGGCUUCAUGGUGUCCGCCACACUCAGCCGCAGCUUUCGAGUCUGCCUCUUUCAUAUUUCCUACGCUUUUUACCUGUCUUCCGUCGAUGGUGUCGUUCGUGGCAAUGAUGUCUAUUAUUGUCUGGUCAGCGACACACUCGGCGGGUAUUGUCAUCGUUCACUACAGCCUCGUUGUCGACGGCGAUCUAAUCUUUUGCGUGCAUGUGCCUAGGGUAACGCACAUCACAACCUGAUGGGGCUUACUUUGAGCUGGUCGUUGGUGGGUGGGCCUCUCGUCGGGGUCCUUGGAUCAUUGGUUCUGGAGUUCAAGGGGUCGGUUUCGCAAGUUCUUGUCAGACGCCAUUUUUCUAUCGAGCAAGUGGGCAAAAUUAUUGAUUCAAUGCGGCAUACGAUGUGAGAUUGCGGAGCCCGGAUUUCAUUUGGAAAAUGGGGAGGCUUGCCAACCCAUCAGUGUUUACUCGACGUAUGCAAAAGGGGUGAGGAAGAGUCCAAAAAGAGGCAGUGGUAUUGGAGGAUGAGUGAGAGGAGCAUUGUUGUACUUACUAGAAGGUUGGGGACACCUUUCUUAUUCUCUCGCCCCUGUGUCAUCCAGGCAUCGUCGUCUACGCGGGGUCUUGUCAGAUUAUACUGUGGCGUAGUGUGGUAUCAACUUACGAGAAUCAAUCCAGCUGUUUUGUCCAU